CAGACAUGUCGGGGAAUCAGAAGGAGACAGAAUCUGAACGUCCUGACAGGGAAAGUGAUAUAGAUGGUGAUGGAACUCUCACAAUGGACAACCUGGCAUCAUCAGAAGUAGCACAACCUGGUAAUGACAAUGAUGUGGAUGUUGUUCCACUAGGAACACAUGGUGAUAGGACAUUCUCCAUGGACAUGAUAGCAUCAUCAGAAGUGGUCGAGCGUCAGGCCAUUGCUGGAAAUGGUGCCAUGGCUGUUUCUGAGAGACGAGAAAGGCAAGCGGUGUCAACUAGAAUCACUGCAGGAUCUGACUUCAAAGGCAUCAUCGUACAAAACUCUUCUGAUGUCAGCUUAUCUGUUGGAGGUCACAAUGAUGGAAUAAUGAAGUCAGAUAUGCUGGAAAUGAAUCUGAAAAGGGUCAAAGAUGUCUUUGAGAAAACUGCUAACUAG